AUGACAACAUCUCGUUUACCAAUUAAUGUGAUAGAAACAAAAGAUUUUGAGCAGUUUUAUGAGAAAACUCUUGGAAAAAAUCAAUUUGGAGCUCCACAAAAUCAUAUCAAUGGUCGUCUUCAAGAUCCACAUCAACUUCGUGGACCAACUAUUGAAAUUCUUGGCACUGGACAAGAAGAAGCCGCUGGUGAUAUUGUUUUGUCUUGA